CGCUCAUACUCCUAACCCCUCUCAACUUUUCAAACCAAACCUCUCUUCUCUCUUUACUCUCUGCAAUGGCGCGCCUUCUCUUUCGUCUUCUCCAAGAAACCAAUUCUCCGACACCGGCAACACCUUCUCCGGCCUUAUAUUCCGAUCUCGUGGUCGUCAUAGCUGCUCUUCUCUGUGCACUGAUCUGCGUCCUCGGCUUACUCGCCGUCUCUCGUUGCGUCUGGCUCCGUCGUAUCGCAAACAGAUCCGCCACGAAUUCUGAUCAACCGCCGGCUAACAAAGGGUUGAAGAAGAAAGUCCUAAAGUCUCUGCCGAAGCUCACCUACUCGCCGGACUCUCCCCCGGCUGAGAAGUUUGCCGAGUGCGCCAUCUGUCUUAUGGAAUUCGCCGCCGGCGAUGAGCUCAGGGUGUUGCCACAGUGUGGUCACGGCUUCCACGUGUCAUGUAUCGACACGUGGCUCGGGUCUCACUCUUCUUGUCCUUCCUGCCGUCAGAUCUUGGUGGGGAUUGCCAGGUGUCAAAAAUGCGGCGGGUUACCCGGUAGCUCGAGUUCAGGACCCGAACCUGAUACCCGAAUCAAGCAAGAUGAUCCUAAUAGUAAUAAUAAUGAUAAUCUAUCUCACCUUAAUUAGUUUUUUAGAUAUUUCCAUUAAAAUUGUUCCUUUCAUUUUAAUAAUGUAUAUAUUUACUUGUUUUAAAUGGAUUUAUGUAUUGGAAAGUUAAUGUCA